AUGUCUCAUGCUUUGGGGCCCUGCGUCCGACUUCAGUCAUACAGCUGGUGUGAAAAUUCACCGCCUCCCCUUUUUCCCCCGAAUCGCGAAAAUUACACUUCUCUUGUCCUUCAAGUUGACACUCCCUCAAAAGCCCAGGCUAGUAGAAUGUUCACAUCUGUGAUCCAAAAUAUUGGAGUGGCAGGGACGGAGAUGUUAGUAGGUUUUGACGUACAAUUCAGGUACACAAACAUCUCAGGCGAGAAGGCAGUCACCGUUUUGCUGGAGAUCUUGGAACGAGAGGAGGAUAUCCUGGGAGCAGAGCGUACACGACUAAUCGACCUGACACAGCAAAUAUUUGGACUACCGAUGGCAUCUCCACUCUCACCUCUUUUGGCAAAUGUAUACAUGGACAGAUUGGCGGAGGAAUUGGAGAAGUCUGCGCUGCAACCAAGAGCGCUUAUGCGAUAG